CACGUUUCCAAUUUCGGGUGGGAAAUCUAGAAAUUUGUAACUUGAGGCGAAUCGCCGCCAUGGCUGCUCACGCCGACGACCGAAUCUCAAACGCUUCCAUGGAAAAUCUCACGCGGCAGGUAGAGAAACGGCCGAUCUCAACCAUCGUCUUCAUCGUCGCUAUGCAAAAGGAAGCUCAGCCUCUUAUCGAAAGGCUCCGCCUUGUCAAAGACGUUAACUCCCCGUUUCCAAAAGAGGUGGCUUGGGUUCUGUUUAAAGGAAUAUAUAAAGAGCUGAACAUUAAUAUAGUGUGCCCAGGAAAAGAUUCAGCUCUUGGAGUUGAUAGUGUAUGCACGGUUCCUGCAUCUCUCGUGACGUAUGCAUCUAUCCAAGCGUUACAGCCGGACCUAAUCAUUAAUGCUGGAACCGCUGGUGGGUUUAAGGCCAAAGGAGCAAGUAUUUGCGAUGUUUAUAUUGUCUCUAGCUCUGCUUUCCAUGACAGAAGGAUACCUGUUCCUGUCCUUGAUCUAUAUGGUGUUGGUAUGCGGAAAGCCUUCCCUACUCCCAACCUUAUUAAGGAGCUGAACCUAAAGGUGGGAAGAUUAUCCACUGGUGAUUCUAUGGAUAUGUCUCCACAUGACAAAGAAUCCAUCACAGCAAAUGAUGCUACAGUUAAAGACAUGGAGGGAGCAGCAGUGGCCUAUGUGGCUGAUAUUUUUAAGGUUCCUACGAUUUUAAUAAAAGGAGUAACUGAUAUUGUGGACGGAAAUAGACCAACCUCAGAGGAGUUUUUGGAGAAUUUAGCUGCAGUCACUGCCAAGCUUGAUGAGUCCAUUACCAAAGUGAUUGACUUCAUCAGUGGAAAGUGUCUUUCAGACCUCUGAAGAGGUUCACGUUUUUUAAUAAAGAUUCAAGCAAAAGGGAGAUGGGUAUAGGCAAGUUAGGCGAUAGGUUGGAGCAGAAUGUUCAUUUUUUUAACUCCACUUUUCCUCAUGAGCUCUCGUUUUAUUGGCUCUCUUUCAUAUGAUGAUGGAUCAUCUUAUAUGUAGAACUCAACAAGUUUUGAUACCCAACAAUAUAAUAAGAUUUGCUUUCAUUCUUUUUUUGUUCAUGCUUGAAAUAGCAAGAAACUUUAGUUAGUUUCU